GAGUGAGAGGUUGAAGAUAGAAGAAAGAAAAGGAAACAAUCAUCGAUAGCUCAAUGGAAGCGACGAGGCAAUCAACGGUUCAAUCAAGAGAAAGCGAAUGGGACAGAAAGGCAUGGGAACUGCUAUCGCUGGUUCGAACCCAAUCCCCACUCAUCCAAUGCAUAACCAACUUCGUCUCAAUGGACCUGAUGGCCAACACACUCCUAUCCGCGGGUGCAUCGCCCGCCAUGCUCCACUCCCUAGAGGAACUCCCGGACUUCACCCCACGCGCCUCCGCACUCUGCAUCAACGUCGGAACCCUCUCGCCCUCCUGGUUCCCCGCCAUGAAAGCCGCCGCACAACUCUGCUCCUCCCUCGCCACGCCCUGGGUUCUCGACCCCGUCGCCGUCUCCGCCUCCGCCUUCCGCCUCGACGCUUGCCGCCAACUCCUCACCUUCAACCCCGCCGUCGUUCGGGGAAAUGCUUCUGAGAUCAUCGCUCUCUCCCUCGCUUCCACACAACCCCACAACGCCACUGCUAAGGGUGUGGACAGUGUUCACGAGUCAAUGGAUGCUGUUGAAGCUGCAAAGCUGUUAGCUCGGACAAGUGGUGCCAUAGUUGCAGUGUCAGGAGCCACUGACGUUGUCACAGACGGAAAUAAAGUUGUUAGUGCUCACAAUGGGGUGCCAUUGAUGCAGAAAAUAACAGCAACUGGGUGUUCAGUCACUGCUUUGAUUGCUGCCUUUGUUGCUGUUGACAAAUACCAGGCUUUAGAGGCAACAGUAUCAGCAUUAGCUGUAUUUGGUGUUGCCGGGGAGCUAGGAAUGAAGCUGGCAAAAGGUCCUGCAUCGCUGCGAAUUCACUUGAUAGAUGCGCUCUAUGGCCUUGAUGAAGCUGCCUUGCAAUCUCAUGUUAAUAUCACUUGUUUGUGUUGAAAUGAAAUGUGAAGAUCUGCAUGCAAAUUGGUAAUCAUCAUUAAAUUUGUAUCUAUCAUAGUUGUAUAACUAUGGUCUUGGUGGAUCUUUAAUUGCUUGACAUGUGUGGCAGUAGAAAUCCCUCUACAAUUUAUGUCAAUAAUCACUGGUAGCAUUCCCUAGUAACAACAGGAUGUUCAUAUAGUUUAAAAUAUCUCAUGAUCAACAUUUCCCGUGUAUAUCCUUAUUUUUUCAAAGUUUACUCUUUUCCGUUUGAUGUAUAGGAAUUGAUUUGGUGGAAGUUUUUUAUGAACCCCUAAUGCAUUGCCAAUCAUAUUGAUGGCCAGUAGAGUUGAGUAUAUAUAUGAACUAAUGAAUAACACUUUUUACAUGUCAGCUUCAUAUGCAGUAAGAUUUUUCU